AAUCAAGAUUCUUAUAAGUUUCUCACAUGUGAUUUUCUUCUCUUUUUUGCCACAAAUUUCAAGGGGCGCCACAGUACAAAACUUUUUUUUCACAUAAAAUGUUGAAAACAACAUUUACGCCAACAAUGAGAAUAGUCGUAAUUCUUAACCAAUUUUUAUAAAGAAGAUUUCAAUUUAAAGACUAAGAUUUAAUCUAAAAUUUUGCUUUUCCGAAUUUUUAAAAAAGCUUUUUAUUUGUACAUUAAUAAUUUUCGAAAAGUACAAUUUUUUAUUACGAUUUUUUUCAAAGAAAAUAAAACUUUUUCUAAAAUUAAGAAAACCAGAGUUUUAGAUUAAACCAUUGUCUUUAAAAUGUGAUCUUGUUCAUCAAAAUCGGUCAAGAAUUACGCUUGUUCUCAUUCUUCGCGUAAACCAUUAUAGAAGAAGGGAUGAAUAAACCGCUUUAAGUACUUUCCUUCCAGUUGCUUCUGAUCUGUGAUGCGUAGAGGUUAAAUGUCACAUUUGUCAUUCUUUAUCUUUAAUCAUUCCUAGAUAUUAAAUAUAUAAAGGAAAUAUUUUAAUUAAAAGAAAAUAUUUUAUUUGAACGUAUCAAUUGAAAAGAUGGAUUUGCCUGUACUAAUUGCAUUUGAUUUCGAUCAUACAAUUGUUGAUGAUAAUACUGAUUUUGUGGUUCGUGACUUAUUACCAAAAGAUCAAUUAACUGAUGAAGUACAAAAUUUAUAUCGUACAGAUGGAUGGACUUUAUAUAUGAACAAAAUAUUUGAAUUACUUCAUCAGAAUUCAAUUGGAUUACAAGAAAUAGAAGCAUCUAUUAUCAAUAUAUCACCAAGUCCAGGAUUCGAUGUUCUUUUAAAAUUAUUACAUUCUCUUGGAUAUGAAAUAAUUAUUAUCAGUGAUUCCAAUUCAUUAUUAAUAGAUAUGUGGUUGAAGAGUAGAAAAUUGGAUAAUUUAAUUACUAAAGUAUUUACAAAUCCAGCGCACAUUUCAGACGAUGGUAUGAUAAAGAUAAAGAUGUAUCAUGUUCAAGAUUUUUGUGAACUAAGCAUGAUCAAUUUAUGUAAAGGUCAUAUAUUAGAAAAUUACAUUAAGGAAAGAUUAGAGGCAGGAAUUCAUUUUAAGAGAAUUGCAUAUGUCGGAGAUGGAAAGAAUGAUGUCUGUCCAGUAUUACGUUUGUCAGAAAAUGAUUUAGCAUUUCCCAGAAUGAAUUAUCCGCUUUUAAAAAAAUUAUUUGAAUAUAGAAAUAAUGAGACCCGUAAAGUAAAAGCAACAAUUAUUCCUUGGUCCAAAGGGUCUGACAUUUUAAAUAAUUUACAAGAAUAAAUUAAGAUAUAGUAUAAUAAAAUCUACGUAAACUGAACAUUUAUUAUUACUUUUUAUGCCCUAUUCUCUUAUAAUCCUCUUUUAAUAAAAAUCAUGAACUCUCAAAACGUUUUUUAUCUUAAUUUAAUUUCUAACUAUAUUUUAUUAUUUAAUUUUAUCAUUUAAUGUUAAUUACAAAUUAUGGAUUAAAUUUUAGAUGGUUAAAAGAUUAUUAUAAAUUAAUAUUAAUAUUUACAACGAAAAAGAAAAAAAAAUGUUUGAACUGUCUAAUCUACAGCGUUUUGAUAGGCUAUUAGUAUCUACCAAUAGGAUAACGAAAAUUAUUGGACUGAAGUUAUACUUCUAAAGAUCAUAUAGUCCAUGAAGAUAAGUAGUAUGCUGGUUACUUAGUAGUUGCGUUAGGAGGAAUUGAAUCUUCAAUUGAAAUAUUCUUUCAACGAUUCAUCAUGGCUUUUGGAGAUUAUCCCGCUGAAUAUGAUCGAGCAAAACAUGGUCCUUAUGAUCCAGCAC